GCACAAGGUAAUAAGUGACCGUUCCGGUGCGUUUCCAUUGAAGAUCGGGCCGUGUCGUCGCCGCGGCGGGUGCCGUCCGUUGGUGUCUGCGGGACGUCAGGACGCAGACGGGCUGGACGGCGUCGAAUGUUACGGACGGCGGCGUCAGCUGCGUCGCUGCCGAUCGCGGGGCUGACCACCCCAACGCCUUUUGUUGCCUCAACCCAACUCGCUGGCGGGCAAUCCCCGCCCACAGGCGCCGCUGAUAGCUGGGCAAACGUCUUUGAUCAACUUUCUUAGAGCUCCCUGCAGCUAUGGCUACUCCUGACGUGAGUGUUCAUGUGGAGGAAGUGGUUGUCGUGACAACACCUGACACCCCGACAGAUGGAAAUGCAGUUGAAGAGGUUAAGACUGUUUUGGUAGACUUCAAAUCAACCCAGCCUAGUGGAGGAUUAAGUGACGAUAGUAUGGACUCUGUCAACACCCCUGGAACCUAUUCAUCUUCCUCCACACUGAUCCAGAAAGGUGAUAUUAUUGAGGUAAAAAUUGCUGAAGAGGGAGAUAAUAUAGAGCCAGAAAUAAUUUAUCCUAUAACCUGUGGAGAAAGUAAAGCUAACCUCAUUUGGAAAAAGUUUGUUUGUCCUGGUAUCAACAUAAAGUGUGUUCAGUUUGACAAUCAACUUAUAAGCCCCAAAGAAUUUGUGAAUCUAGCUGGAAAAUCUACAUUGAAAGACUGGAAGAGAGCUAUCCGUUUGAAUGGUGUGAUGCUGAGAAAAAUCAUGGAUUCUGGAGAAUUGGAUUUCUACCAACAUAGUAAAGUGUGUUCCAAUACAUGUCGUAGUACAAAAAUUGAUCUUUCCAGUGCCAGGUCAUCUUUGAGCAGUCAGCAAUCAACCGAGUACAUCCCAGUGACUCCUGCUAUAGCUGAUGUUAAUGGUUCACCUGCCUCAUCUAGAGUUGAGAGCUGUGAAGACAAUUCCGAAUGGAUUUCGACAAUACCAGAUGAUACUUUCUCAUUUUGGCGUGGAUUAAAAGAAGCAGGGUUAUUGGAAGAAGUCAUACAGGAGCUUCAGAAAGAGAUGCAAAGUACUCUGAAAGGUCUUCAACAUAGACUGCAUCCGCCUCCUCUUCAAGUUGUUGAUGCAGUCAUUCUUAACAAUAUUGUACAAAGUUUUGGUCUUUUGGACCUUGUUAAAAAAGUUUUGACAAGUCAUAAGAGCCAAAUGGAUCGUUCCCGAGAGCAGUACACACGAGAUUUAGCAACUCUGGAACAACAAUGUGAUGAGCAUCGUAAACGAGCCAAAGAAUUAAAGAACAAAUCCCAGCACCUAAACAAUGUUCUCAUGACCUUGACUCCAAUUGCAGCAGCACCGCCUUCCAAAAGGCCUCGCCUUACUAGAGCAACAUCAGGACCAGCAACAGUGGCAGCUCAUAUGGUCACAACAUCACAGUCAGGCCAGCUUACAUUGGCUUCUGGAGUGCCUCUGUCUCAACUGACAAAUGUAGGAAAAAUGGCAACAUUAUCCACUGUUCCAGUCACUGCAGUUGGCAAGAUUUCACCGCAUACAGCAACGUUUACUGCGACAGCUUCACCACUAAUUGGAGGGUACAAUGUUCUGGCAUCUUCAGGCUCUGGGAUACCCAACACUGUUGAGAUUCACCCAGAGACGUCGAAUCUAGCAGUCCUGAGCACAGCUGCCAUCCAAGAUGGUAACACCGUGUUGAAAUUAGUAAGCCCAAUCCAGCUAUUCACUACAGUCCCUGGCCUUAAUGCUGCGCUCCAUAACAAUACCCAGAUGGCAUCCGUUGGAAGCACACUUAUGGCUGUGCCAUCUGCUGAAACCACCACAUCAGGAGAGGGACAUGCCACUAUACAGGGAACAUCAAUAAGUGAAGAACAUGAACAGAAACCAUAGCCUUGGAAUAAUGGUUCACAUUAUUAGAAUGUUUUGUUUCAAAGCCCUGUUGCUACUGAAUGUAACUUUUGAAAACAGUACCAGGAUGGUUUCUGUUAUGCUAUGGUUACACCUACACAGUGCCACCAAGUGGUAAUAAUACAUUAGAGUGGAAGCAGCAAAAUGAUGGAGCAGGAGCAAAUGUCUCAACUCUCUUUCAGACUUUGGCUUAAGCACAGAAGUGCAGACAUUUAUCAGAUAUGCUUGAUAGAGUUGUUUAUAAUGUAUUUUACAGAGCUUUUCUGCACUGUAUUUUGUGUGCUUUAUACCUAAUUACACUCAAAAUGUUGUCUUGUGGUUGCUUUACAAAAUCCAUAAUCGAGUUAAUGGCAGUUUUACUUUACAAUCGGUGCUCUCAUUGUUUUCUAAUAAUUGUUUUAUUGUGUUGCGCUGUUUGGAUAAUCACAUGAUUAAUAUGGAUAAUUUGUAAAUAUUCGGCCGAUGUAAGUUACAAUCUGAUCUUGUACAAUUGGCAUUGUAUUUAGAAUAAGGCUGGUACAUGAUUUAGGAUUUUUGUCAUAUGAAAAGCUAACCAGGCAAAUACAAACAAAUGGCUAUGCUAUAAGUAAGCUGAGUUUUUAAAAAUGGAUUUAAAUAGUAUCUGUAAAAGAAUUAUUGCAUUUGCGCUUUAGUGGCGGCCACAAUAUAAGGUACCAUUUUAUUCAUGGUGAAAAUGUGGUUAUUUGAAUGUAUGAACGAUACAAAAGUGAUUUAGUGUUUCUAUAGCAAGUUACGCUUUACACAUCAUAAACUUUUUUAUACUGCUGUAUGUUUAUAAAAAUGAUCAGAUCAAUACUUAUAAGCUAAACUGAUGAAAAGAAAUGGAACAUAAAUAGUUUAAAGUCUCUAUUUUCUCCCUCUCCACAUUAAACUGAAACCAUGUAUUUAUAAUCAAUAUAUUUGAACUUCUUAGUUUUUCAAGAAAUUGUUCCCUUUGUUACACGUGUGAUUUUAUUAUAAACUAUAGGUUCCACAACUUAGGCAGAUAUGAACAAUAUCUGAAUAGUUUAGUUUCGUCAUAUUCUCCUUCAUGCCAAAAUUCAAACUUCUUUUUCCGAUUUUCCAUACAUAGAUGUCCACAGAUACAUGAGAUUACUGAGAGUUUAUGAUUGGAUAACCAAGUGUUGAAUCAAAUCCUUUGGCUGCAGAUAGAUUGUCUGUACUCUUUUGUAGAAUAUUGAGUGAAAGCUUCUUCUGAGACAUUUUUCACAAGUGUUCCCUGGCAGCAUUUUGAAGUCCUCCUGAUUCAUUGACUUAUUGAAGUUAAAAUAGUGGGUGACUGAUCAGUUCCUGAUCAGGCUCUUGAACUGCCUGUUUUGAGAUAUCUGAGACCAGCCGCAUUAAUAAAUUGCCCUCAGAAUGAUUUGUUUUUUGCCCCUUUUUGGGGAAGAGAUUGACCUGUACACAUCACCUCUUCAUAGUUACAGAGGCUGAGAAUAGUAGCACACAGCAGGGAAGAUUUGCAGGCAUAAACCCAUAUUUUGCCACAAUGCAUCGAAUAAUAGAUAAACUGGGAAUGAGUGAUAAGAUGAUCUGGGUUUCUAUUUUAUAUCACAUAAAUGGUGAUGACAUGCCAGUCAAUAAGUAAUUUUCUGCUCUCUUUUGUUUUAUAUAUACUGUCUGUAUAUGAAGUUUCCAGGUAAUAAGUGUGACAGUUUUGUGAGGUUUUUAAUUGGGGUUUGGUUGCAACUUUUUGUGAAGAGUACCAAUGCUUCUGGCUGUUUUUCAGGAGUGUUCCAUGUUCUUGCAAUGUCAAGUGAAUUUUCAAAAAAGGAUAUUUAAUUCCUUCAUGAAAAUUAUUUGUAAUAAAUGACAGAGAAAUUCUGUGUUAUCUAUCAAUAUUUAUCUGUUUCUCUGUUAGGAUUUUUUUUCCUUUUUUAAAACAAGCUGAACACUUUUAGUGAAGAGUGAAUCUGGUUAGCUUGGCUGCUGCAAUUUGAAUAAAGCUUUCAUUUCUUACGGAUUUAAAAAUACAUUUUAGAACACAAAAAAAGGGAUCUUGAGUUGCAUUUAUGUAGCGCCUUAUCAUGUUGAACUAUCUCAGAGCAUAAUCUAGUUGGUGUAUUCAGUUGGAGAGAGUGGCUCGUAAAUCAGGGGCUUCCCCCUUGAGAAUUCUUUUUCCUGAUAAAAUAUGAAAGGAAAUUUUGUUGCUAAAUAUGACUGACUGACUGAAGAUGUUGGAAAAUGAGAGACUGAUGGUAAAGAAGAUGGCAGUCAAUUAUUAUUGAUUGUGAUGUAAUUGUACAAAACGUGAAUGCUUUAGAAUAACUGCAUUUGAAAUCAGAAUGUGAUCAAAACUUACUGGGGAGAAUCCUCUAAAAUUUUGUAAAUAAAAUAAAGAUUGUGUAACAUA